AUGGUCUACUACUUUACAUCAAACGUCGUCAGCCCCUCGGCGUUUAUCUACGUGGGCAAGGACAAAUUCGAGAAUGAGGAUUUAAUAAAGCACGGGCUGGAAAAGGACGUCUGUUCCACGUCGAUAACCUCUCGAGCGCCCACGUCUACCUCCGGCUCCGCGAUGGCGAGUCAUGGGAUAACAUCCCGGAAGAUCUCCUGGUCGACUGCGCGCAGCUCACCAAGGCAAACUCAAUCGAGGGAAACAAAAAGGACAACGUCACGAUAA